GGCGCGGCCGAGGGAGCGGGCCCGGUGGGGGCUGCGCGGGGCGGCGGGACCAUGUCCACCCGGCGCCUCCGCAGCGAGGACUACAAUGACUACAGCUCCACGGAUGUCACGCCAGAGGGGAGCCCACCUGGUGGCAUCAAUGGCUUUGCCCACCCCGAGUCCUACCAGCGCUUUGGGGAGACCAACGGGACAACGUGGUACCAGACCCUGAUCCACCUCCUGAAAGGGAAUAUCGGCACUGGGCUGCUGGGCCUGCCUCUGGCUGUGAAGAACGCUGGCAUCCUGCUGGGUCCUCUGAGUCUGCUGGUGAUGGGAGUCGUUGCUGUGCACUGCAUGGGCAUCCUGGUGAAAUGUGCCCAUCACUUCUGCAACAGGUUCCAGAAGCAGUUUUUGGACUAUGGGGGUGUCGUGAUGUACGGGCUGGAGUCGACUCCCAUUGCGUGUCUGCGGACACACGCCACCUGGGGAAGGCGUGUGGUGGGACUUUUCCUGAUCAUCACUCAGCUGGGUUUCUGCUGUGUGUACUUUGUCUUUCUGGCUGACAAUCUGAAACAGGUCAUAUCUGCAGCAAACGGGACCACCAAUGACUGCAGCUCAAACAAGACAGUGACCAUGACCCCGACCAUGGACUCCAGGCUCUUCAUGCUUUCCAUCCUGCCUUUCGUGGUGCUGCUCUCAUUCAUCCAGAAUCUCAAGGUCCUGUCCAUCUUCUCCAUGCUGGCCAACGUGGCCAUGCUUGUCAGCCUUGUUGUCAUCUACCAGUACAUUGUCAGGGACAUUCCCGAUCCCCGUCGCCUGCCCCUGGCAGCAGCCUGGAAGACCUACCCUCUGUUUUUUGGCACCGCGAUCUUUGCUUUUGAAGGCAUCGGGGUGGUGCUGCCUCUGGAAAACAAGAUGAAGAACCCCCGGCAGUUUCCAGUCAUCCUCUAUGUGGGGAUGACCAUUGUCACCAUCUUGUACAUCAGCCUGAGUGUCCUGGGGUACCUGCACUUCGGGGCAGACAUUCAGGCCAGCAUAACACUCAACCUGCCUAACUGUUGGCUCUAUCAAGCUGUCAAGCUGCUCUUUUCCUUUGGGAUUUUCUUCACCUACGCUGUGCAGUUCUACGUGCCCGCUGAGAUCAUCAUCCCUCCCCUGGUCUCCCGGGUGUCGGAGCGCUGGGGCUGGCUGGUCAACCUGCUCCUCAGGCUGGCCCUGGUCAGCGUGACCUGCGUGCUGGCCAUCCUCAUCCCACGCCUGGAUCUCGUCAUCUCGCUGGUGGGCUCUGUCAGCAGCAGCGCCUUGGCUCUCAUCUUCCCCCCACUGCUGGAGAUUGCCACCUACUACACGGAGGGCAUGCACCCCCUGGUCAUCGUCAAGGACAUCGCCAUCAGCCUCUUUGGCUUUGUGGGGUUUGUGGUGGGGACAUACGAGGCGCUGGUGGAACUGGCAGCACCUGCCACCACGAUUGUGAACACCACCAGUGUCAUGGUGCAGUGACAGUCCCCCUGCCCAGCCAGCCCCUCUGGAUGCUGUGCUGGGGGCACAUGGGUGCUGCUGCUCCCCUGGGGAUGGUCUCCCCUCUCCUCCUGGGAAACAUGGUGGGUUUGGUCUGCGAGAGGUCGGGGCUGCCCAGCAUCGUGGCUACCCACCUGCAGCAGGGUCCUGUGCUGGGCUCUGGCUGGGGAGGUGGGCUCCAGGCUGGGGCAGUGCCUUCCCUGGGAGCUUUUUGGGCAGGUGGUGCAGCAAAACAGCCCCCUCAGCCCCUGUGUAAAUAGUCACUUUGAGAGGCGAGGAAUCCAGGGGUUGUAGAUUUUGAUUUUAUUUUAUUUUUUUAAAUCACAACCUUUCCCCGUUUCCCCCGUCCUUUCAGUCAGGGCGGGGAACAGGGACUGCUCUUUUUUGUGCCAGUUUUUAUUUCCCCGUCAGCACUUUAUUUUUAUGGCAACAGAGAAACCUCAGCUCAGGUUGGAAAUUGUGGAGCUGCCUCCUCACCCCAGGCCUGUAGGGAGGUUGGGCAGAGCCCGAGAUGCGGAGCAUUCCAGGACCCUCCAGCUCUUCUGCGUUGGGAUCCCUGGACGUGGGCAUUGACUCCUGCCAUGCUCUGGCUCUGUGUCCAGCUUCCUUGGGGGCUGAGCAGGGUCUGGAGCUGGGCACUGGGCUCAGCACCUCCCUAGCCUGGGAGGGUUUGCUGAACCCUGGCCCACACUUUCAGUAGACGGUUUUUUUUUUCCUCACCCAGCGCACACCCCGUGCGUGGCUUUCGGAAGCGUUAGAGAAACGAGGUGUGCAGAGAGCAGAUGGGCUCUGCCAUAGCAAGGCUCUGAGCUGGGUGCCUUUGGCUGGGAGCCCUGUCCCUCUGUGGGACAGGGUGUCCUGGGGGGUCACUGUGUGCUGCCUGCACACUGCAAAAACGUAUCACCUUGUUUACAGUGCCCGAGCUGGCCCCGGCGCGCUCCGCCUGCACCUGCAGGCCAAUACUGAAUGUCAAAUCACACAUCAAAACCCUGUAAUUUUUAUUCUUUCUUUUUAACCUCUCCCUCCUGGCCCCUCUCCUUCUGCAUCCUCUGCUCCAGCCCCUGUCCCUGGUAGGAUGCAGGUCUCUGGUGCUUCUCCCUGUGCUCCUGUUGCUUCUGGUGUUGUGGCUGGUGCAUGCCUGGGGGGGAUGGUCCCUGCUAUGCUGCUGCUUCCCUUCCUCUCAGCCCAGCUUCCACCUUAUAGGGUUUCCUUGCCUUUCUGCUGCAUUUUAUUUUUUUUAAGACAAGAGAGCACAAAUGCAUUCUCUAUGGGAUGUCUUUUCCUAGUGGUACAAAAGAGGUUUUGGCUGAGCCACCCCUCUGCAACCCCAUGUCUGGGUCACACUCCUCCCUGCUAACACAGCAUCUCCUGAACGCCAGCAGCCUGGUGGCUUCCUUUAUCCCUGUUAUCCCUGCAUCCCUUUCUCCCUGGGGAUGGGCAGAGGCUGCUGGUGGUGGUGGGGCAGGAAUGGGAAUACUGUGCUGGUGGUCUGUGUUCCCAUCCUGGACAUGGGAUGAAUGAGUUUAUUUUUGGUGUUUGACCCAUUUCUGGGAGGAGCAGGCUGUGCAGAGCAGUGGCCCUGCAGCCUGCCUUCUCCAUGUGGGGUAUUUCAGUGUCUUGCACUGUGUCCCCUUUGCUGGUUCUGCUUUGGGUGCCCCAUGCUGGUCUUUGGACCCAUGGCCAGGUGUGGGGUAGGUCAGUGCCACGUUGUUGCUCCUUUCCAGCCCUUCACCUGCUUGUUGCAUCUCUUAGGGCUCACCUUGUCUCCUCCAGGUCUGUGCUGGUGAAGGUUCUGAUGUGCUCCAGCAUUGCUUAGUUAUGGGCACAGCAAAGCUUUAAGUCAAAUCCUCCAUCUGGAGGAUACGGUGGGGAUGGAGAGCAAACACCUGGGGCUGGGAGGGGAAGGGAGCUCCAGGGCAUGAUGCAGAUGGGAAAAGUGCAAUAUUCAUGUCCAUCACUGUGUACUCACCCCAGUGUGGCCCUCGGUCAUUGGGUUGGAGUGCAGAAAUGUCACCCUUGGCAGAGGAAGGCAUGCUGUGAGGAGCAGGGGACAUGCUUGCCCCCAGCUCUGUCAGUACCCUGUAAGAAGGCUGGCUGCAUGUUGGGGGACAGCUGUGUGCCAGGGCAUGUCCCCAGCCCAGCACUGGGCAUCAAUGGGUUUACUGGCAGGGGUUUUAGCACCCAAACUCAGUUUGGAGUCAGUGGUGAAGGCCUCAUUUCCAAGGAGACUGGGAUAUCACAGCAGCAUUAAAGGUUUUUGCAGUUCUUCACUUUCAUUGGGAUGAGCAGAUGGUGUUUGGAGAUGGGGCCAGAUGUACCCAUGGGGCACAUGACAUGAGGGGCUCUGCUGAGCCAGGAGGACCUGCUGCAGGACCUGAUGGACACAAAACUUGACCCUUGUGUAUGGUAGGCUGCUCAGUAACCAAGGAAAUUCUGUCAAUAUAGAAAUGAUUAAUGUACAUGUCUUGUGCCUAUGGAUAUUGUCAGCGUACGGAGUGUGUAGCUGCUCAGUGGAAGAGCUGCACAUCAAUCAUGUAUCUUACUUUAAUCAAUAAAUGUUUUAUUUUUUAUGUGAAAAAGCUCUGGGGAAUGAGAUGGGAGUUUCUCUUCCAUGAGGCAGGUGGAAAACCAUUUGGCAGGGCCCAGGCCAUGCAUAGAGCAGGUCUGGGGGUCUCCAAGGGGGACCCUGCUGUGCUGGAUGGAGCAGCCAUGUGGCUUUAAUACUAGGGUAUGUGCUGUGACUUUGGGGACUAAGUUCCAUCCCCCCUUACUUUUUGUUUGUAUUUGUUUGUUUUUUUGCAAAUACCACUCAAGUGCAGAGGCUUGAGGAGGAGGGGGCAUCUGUGGGAGAGCAGGAAAGCUGGAGUACAGCUGGGGUCUGACCCUGUGCUUUUCCUAGCCCUGCA